AUGAGAGGCUGGAUCUCUCACAAGACCUGCCAGUAACAACAAAUCAGCCCAGCACCCUGGAGGACGACAGUGAAAAUCCAGAAGAAAUGGUACCUCAAGACAAAAACGGUGUCCCUGCUUGUGUUUCUCUCCCUUGGGAGUCUGCCUGUUCGGAGCAGCCAGGGGAAGAAGACGUGUCCAGGUCAGUUGCCAGUACUGUACCUGUGUGUCAGGAGGAGGAGGACACACAGCCAAAAGGAGAAUUGAGAAGAGAGAAGAUUAGAGGAGUGGGUUUGUGCAAGGAAGACAUUGAGAAAAUUGAGCAAGUGACAAUCCCGAUUGUUUCCAAGGUCAAUUUGGCAGCAACUGAGGAAGUGCUGUCAGCUGCUGCAAGUGAUGGGUCCACUCAGCUCUGCGAGGCUGCUGCUAGCCAGGCUGAGACACCUCUGGAGAUGGCAAGUGCUGUUUCCACUGAUCAGACACUUGCAGAGGAAGCUCCAGCAGCUGAUAAGAACACUGCUGGAAAGAAGGAUGCUGCGGUACUGACAUCCCCACAGACAGAAGAAGAGGAUCAGAAUGUUACAUGUUCAAGCUGUUUAACACAAAGCCCCACUGAGGGAGCCACAAGAGACUGUCAGAUGAAGACCUCUGUGUGCAGUGAGUCCCAGGGAGGUGGUCGGACUCCUGUGGAAAACCACAAAGGCUCUCCAGAAAAGUCACCUUUGAUUAGGGAGGGCUCUGCGUGCAGCACAUCCACAUGUGAAGGUGGGGCAUGCGUGGAGGGCCUGUUGCAGAACACAAGGCUGGCUGUUGCAUCAGGCCAGCAUUCAGAGUCACUGAGUGUAUCUGCAACCCGAGAUACAAGUGCUGGGCAGAGCUCUGGCCCGAGUGAAACUCAGCCUACUCUGAAGCUGCCUGAAGACAACGAAGUGCCAUGCAGCAGUGGGGUACUGCGAGAGGAUGGUCCAGACCUGUGUAAUGACUGUAGCAAGGCAGCAGGAAUAGAUGGAGAUUGCCCACAAGGAUUGGAUGAACAUGGUAUGGAUUUUGUGAGCAGCGGCUGUGCCAUGAAGAAGGCAGUGACCCAGCAGAACACUAAGACAGGGAGAGAAACCAGCAAGUGCGAUCACGUCAUCCGGGAAAUAGAGGUCCCAAAGGAAUUAGUUGGCCACUUGAUCGGCAGACAAGGAAAAUUUAUGAGCUUCCUGAGGCGGCGAUCUGGUGCUAAAAUCUAUGUCUCGACACGGCCUUAUUUCCAUGACUCCCAGGUCUGUCACAUCGAAGGUUUCCCGCAUCAAGUAGAAAAAGUACUGAGGCUGAUUGGCAACAAGUUCAAGGACCUGUGUCUCACCAACAUCCAUGGUCUACCUCCACCAGUCCCUCUGGCACUUCAUUCCCUCCUUAGGACUGCCUGGCUCUUCCUCCGGGAUGGAGUCACUGUGGAGGUGGUUGUGGCGCACCAAGUCGAUGCAGGGCGCAUGUUCCUGCAGCAGCACACGCACCCCACUUCCCAUGUCCUGCGGCGCCUUGACCAGCAGAUGUAUGUCUGCUACUCUCAACCUGAAAUCCCAACCCUGCCAACUCCAGUAGCAGUUGGUAUUAUCUGCGCAGCUCCAGGCCUGGAUGGGGCAUGGCUACGGGCUCAAGUUAUCAGCUACUUUGAAGAGACCAGUGAAGUGGAACUCAGAUACGUGGACUACGGAGGAUAUGACAAAGUGAAGGUCGACACACUCAGACAAAUCAGGUCUGACUUUUUAUCGCUGCCUUUCCAAGGAGCAGAAGUUUUACUGGACAAUGUGGUGCCUCUUCCAGAUGAGGAUCACUUCUCCCCUGAAGCUGACGCUGCUGUUGAUGAGAUGACCAGAGGCGCAGUCCUUGUGGCACAGGUCACAAAUUACGAUAGUGCAACAGUGCAUCCUCCCACUGCUGGCGUGUCUGGCGAUGAGAGGCUGGAUCUCUCACAAGACCUGCCAGUAACAACAAAUCAGCCCAGCACCCUGGAGGACGACAGCGAAAAACUAGAAGAAAUGGUAUCUCAAGACAAAACGGUGUCGGAGAGGUG